CGGGAGAAGCGGGCGCGGCUGGGCGCGGGGCGGGGCCUGCGGGGCGGCGCGGCAGCGGCAGCGGGUACUUAAGCAACUCCCGCGCACGCCGGGGCCUGGCCAUGGCUCUAAGGCGCAUCCUCGCCGCGGUGCGCUCCCGCACUCCCCGCCUCGCCCCGCUGUCCACGGCGGCGCCGAAGACCCGCGAGCAGCCCGCCGCUGGCCGGGGGGCGGUGCGCGGACGCGGGGCGGCCGAGGCCGUGCGGCCGCCGGUGCCCGCCGUGGAGUUCGACAACGCGCAGGAGGCGUACCGCAGCCGGCGCAGCUGGGAGCUGGUGCGCAGCCUGCUGGUGCUGCGCCUGUGCGCCUCGCCCGCGCUGCUGGCGCACCACGAGCAGCUGCUCCAUUUCACCAGGAGGCUUCUAGGACAACGGCUGUUCGACAGGCUGAUGAAGAUGACUUUUUACGGACAGUUUGUGGCCGGUGAGGACCAGGAGUCCAUCCAGCCCCUAAUCCAGCACAACAGGGCCUUUGGCGUGGGCUCCAUCCUGGACUACGGAGUGGAGGAGGACCUGAGCCAAGAGGAGGCGGGGCACCAGGAGAUGGAGUCCUGCACUUCAGCCGCGGAGAGGAAGGACGGAGGCGCCAGUAAGAGGGAGAAGCAGUACCAGGCCCACCAGGCCUUCGGAGACCGCAGGGACGGCGUCGUCAGCGCCCGCACCUACUUCUACGCCAACGAAGCCAAGUGUGACCGCCACAUGGAGACGUUCCUGCGCUGCAUCGAGGCUUCAGGUGGAGCCAGCGAUGACGGCUUCUCAGCCAUCAAGCUCACUGCGCUGGGGAGACCCCAGUUUCUGCUGCAGUUCUCAGACGUGCUGACCAAGUGGAGACGGUUCUUUCACCAAAUGGCUGCUGAGCAAGGGAAGGUCGGGCUGAAUGCCAUGGACACAAAGCUGGAGGUGGCGGCACUGCAGGAAAGCGUGGCGAGGAUGGGCAUUGCGUCCCGGAAGGAGAUUGAGGACUGGUUCAGAGCAGAGACCCUGGGCGUGUCCGGGACCCUGGACCUGCUGGACUGGAGCGGCCUCAUCGACAGCAGGACCGAGCUCUCCAAGCACCUGGUGGUCCCUAACAUGCAGGAGGGUGUCGGGGACGCGGAGGCCGCGUUUGAAAUCGCCUCUGAGGCUGGAUGUGAAGCAACAGCAGAGGCAAACGCUGCCUUCCACACACCUCCAGCUGAGACACCGCGGACCCCCACUCCUCCUCAGAGCGCCCUGGCCAGGACAGGACAGCUGGAGCCUCUGCUGUCGGGGUUCACCGAGGAGGAGGAACGGCAGAUGAGGAGGAUGCUGCAGAGGAUGGAUGUCCUGGCCAAGAAAGCCACCGAAGCGGGGGUGCGGCUGAUGGUGGACGCGGAGCAGACCUACUUCCAGCCGGCCAUCAGCCGCCUGACGCUGGAAAUGCAGCGCAGGUUCAACGUGGAGAAGCCGCUCAUCUUCAACACGUACCAGUGCUACCUCAGGGAUGCUUAUGACAAUGUCACCCUGGACUUGGAGCUGGCUCGCCGCGAGGGCUGGUGUUUUGGAGCCAAGCUGGUGCGGGGUGCCUACAUGGCCCAGGAGCGGGCCCGCGCUGCCGAGAUCGGCUAUGAGGACCCCAUCAACCCCACGUACGAGGCCACCAACGCCAUGUACCACAGGUGCCUCAAUUACGUCCUGGAGGAGCUGAAGAACAAUGGCAAGGCGGAAGUGAUGGUGGCCUCCCACAACGAGGACACGGUGCGCUUCACGCUGCGCAGGAUGGAGGAGUUGGGUCUGCACCCCGCUGACCGCCAGGUGUACUUUGGACAGCUGCUGGGCAUGUGUGACCAGAUCAGCUUCCCGCUGGGCCAGGCGGGCUUCCCUGUGUACAAGUACGUGCCCUACGGCCCUGUGAUGGAGGUGCUGCCCUACCUGUCCCGCCGCGCCCUGGAGAACAACAGUGUCAUGAAGGGCGCCCGACGGGAGCGGCAGCUGCUAUGGCAAGAGCUCAAGCGGAGGCUCUACACAGGCAACCUCUUCUACCGCCCGGCCUAGCGCCCACGGGCCACCUGCCACCAGACUUGGUUUCCCAGGGCCUCGGGCUGGGGUCUGGCUGGCCCGUAGGCCAAUGCUGCUACAGCCCAGCCGCACGCAGAUCCACCUCUCCACACCCAAGUCUCUGAGAACUGCUUCCUACCCAGGAUGUGGGCACCCACGUACAGGCGGUCUGAUACCCGCCAGAGCCACUGAGGUCAGGAACUGCCCACCCCCCGACCUUAGACCCGAAGGCCCACUUUCCACCAGGGUCUGUCCCACACACUGUGAGCCCCACAGGUGGGCCAGCCAGGCUGAGGGAGGUGGACUGGUCAAUAAACCACUACUUCUGCAGCCAGGAGCCCUCCACGCCCUUUCCUGUGGGGCCCUCAGGUGGGGUCAGCAGAGAGGGCGUGGCUCCAAGGCCUGAGAAAUCUCA